AGCCGACUCCCCGGCUGAGGCGGAAGCCCGAUGUGGGGCUCCAUCCCAGGACCCUGGAUUAGGACCUGAGCCGAAGGCAGAUCCAUAACCAAUUGAGUCACCCAGCUUUUAUACGACAGCUUGUCGUCUUAUUCAGAAAGGAGACCUAUCAGAUGAGGUAUUAUCUCCAUCUUAAGGAUGGUACUGAAGGCAUGCAGUUCUCUCCACUGGCUCUGCAGACGCCCCCUCCCCCCGCCCAGGACCGGCACCGAUGUCCCCGAGCCCUCUGGGAAGUGGAGUCCUUCCGCCGGGACCCCCGACCUGGCGCGGUCGCCUCCAAGUGCGCAGAUGCGACUCCAGACGGAGCCUCGGGCUCGAGCCUUUUGUUUCCCCGCAGCUCCGGGAGUCCGGAAAGCGACUCCGUCCGCCCGUGUCCCGUCUUUCCCUGAGCGCAGCCCGGCGGGGACCCGCCCUGUGGCCGAAGCCGAGACGGCAGCGCGUCUAGGGAGCUUCAGAGUAGAGUUGAAUGAUUUACACAAAGAAGCAAAUGUAUUGCUGAAAAGUUCAUAUUUAUCUCAUCUGAAACUGUGAAUAAGAAGGAAGUCAUAGCAAUAACAGGACAAAGAAAGAGAAGCUGAUCAUGGAUUAUCUGACCAUUGAAGCUGAGGAAGAAGUCCUUCCAGCCAUUACUACGGAGGAUGCUUCUCUGCCCCAAAAACAGAACACAGAAGAAAUGGAACCUACUGUCGAGCUCCUUCCUGUUGAGUUCCAGGAAUUGGUGACAGUCAAGGAUGAGGAAAUGGAUUUCGCUCAUGUGGAAGAAGAAGAACAGCUGAAUUCUGCCCAAAGGUACAUGGGCAUGGAUAUGAAAGUGGAGAAUUGUGGGAGCCUGGUAUUCUGGGAUUCCGAAUCUAUACCUGAAACUAAAGAAUCCUUUUCAAAGCAGAGACUUUAUGAAGAAGUGUCACCUGAAAGAGAGCUGAUAAUGGAGAGACUUAAAAAGGAUGAGUCCUGGGACUCCAGACUGAUAGAAGCCUGGCAAUGUGAAGGCACAUUAGAAAGGCAGCAAGGAAAUCAGAAGAAAGAUUUAAGGCAAGUCAUAAUUAAAAGCAAGAAAAACCCUGUGGAGGAUUGUAGUGAAACUGGGGAGAGUUCAAACCCAAUUCAACAUCGCAACAUUUACUCAGUGAAAAAGCCUUGGAAGUGCAAUGAAUGUGGGAAGUCCUUCAGUUACUAUUCAGCCUUUAUCCUACAUCAGAGAAUUCAUACUGGAGAGAAGCCUUAUGUAUGUAAUGAGUGUGGAAAGGCCUUUAGUCGGAGCUCAUCACUUAUUCAGCAUCAGAGGAUUCACACUGGAGAGAAACCCUAUGAGUGUAACGAAUGUGGGAAGGCUUUCAGUCAUCGGUCAGCCCUCAUCCAACAUCACAUCAUUCAUACUGGAGAAAAGCCCUAUGAGUGUAAUGAAUGUGGGAAGGCCUUCAACCAAAGCACAUACCUUAUUCAACAUCACAGAAUCCAUACUGGAGAGAAACCCUAUAAAUGCAAGGUAUGUGGGAAAGCUUUCAAUGACACCUCAUCCCUUAUUAAACAUCAAAGGGUUCACACUGGAGAAAAACCCUAUGGAUGUACAGAGUGUGGGAAAGCCUUUAGUGACAGGUCGGGCCUGACCCAACAUCAGAGAACUCAUACAGGGGAAAAGCCAUAUGAAUGCAGUGAAUGUGGGAAAGCUUUCAGUUACUGUUCAGCUCUUAUACAGCAUCAAGGAACCCAUACUGGGGAGAAACCUUACAAAUGUAAUGAAUGUGGGAAAGCCUUCAGUGACCGCUCAGCUCUUGUAAGACAUCAGAGAAUUCAUACCGGAGAGAAACCUUACAAAUGUAAAGAAUGCAAGAAAGCCUUCAGCCAGAGCUCAUCUCUUACAAAGCAUCUGAGAACUCAUACUGGAGAGAAACCGUAUAAAUGCAAUGACUGUGACAAAGCCUUCAGCCAGAGUUCAUCUCUUAUUCAACACCAGAAAACCCAUACGGGAGAAAAACACUACAAGUGUAAGAAAUGUGAGAAAACCUUUAGUGUGCGUUCAGCCUUUCAUCAACACAAAGAAAUUCAUGAUGGAUAGAAUGUAGUAAAUUCAUGAAAUAAUUAUGUAGUCUCGGGGCACCCAGGUGGCUCAAUUGGUAGAGCAUGCAACUCUUGAUCUGGGGUUGUGAGUUCAGGCCCCAUGUUGGGCAUAGAGUUUACUUAAAAAAAAAAAGAAAAGAAAAAAAUAUUCUCUCCUGAUUGUGUAGACCUGUUCUAAGUAUUACAGGGUAUAUUACAGAAACACGAGGCUGUGUCAUGCAAAAAAUAGCUCUCUUCCUUGAAAGGUUAUUAAGUAUGGGAAGAGGGCAAGAGGUACAGUCUCAAACCUCAAAAAGCUGAAGUAGUGAGGAAAAAUCCUAGAGAAACACAGAAGGAGAAAGUCUGGUUUAGUCAGAGAAACAGACUCAGAAGCUAGCAUCUGAUAUCAUAGAAAAACUAAUCAGAGGAGCAGACUGAACAGUACUUGAGGCUGAUGGCUGUCUAAAUAGUAGUUUUAAUCUGAAGCCAAGUGGGGAGGAUUAGGAUCCCAAAGAGGAAAAUCACCAGAAAGUGUCUCUAGAGAAAAAAAAAAAAAAAAAUCUAAGCCCAGGAAAUCCUCCUUUUUCUUUGUCCCUACACUCCACGUGUUCACUUGCACAUUUGCAAACAUUUACACUAGUGCUUAUUAACCCUGGAUGUACACUGAAAUCAUCUGAGGAGCUUUAAAAAAAAAAAAAAUACCUGGCUCCCAGCCCCAGAGAUUCAGAUUAAAUUUGGACUACGGUAUAGCCUGGGCAUCAGGAAUUUAAAAACUCCUCAGGUAUGGGGCGCCUGGGUGGCUCAGUCGUUAAGCGUCUGCCUUCGACUCAGGUCAUGAUCCCAGGGUCCUGGGAUCGAGCCCCAUGUCGGGCUCCCCGCUCCGCGGGAGGCCUGCU